AUGAGUCGAACUAAGGUAGAUUUAGUAACCUGUUAUGUUGGUGAUAAAAAAGCCAAAUGUACUCUCAACCCUGGAUUGGAAUUUUCUAUGUGUUGUGAUAAGACGCUUAAAAGGCUUGGAGUAAAAAUUGAUAGACCAAUAAGCUCUAGAGACAGAGAAAUGAAAUUUUUCAGAGAAAUGACGACAACACCUGUUGGAUGGUCCAAGGUUUCACUUACUUUUAAUUCGAAUAAAAAAAAUAGAUCUAUUAUUACUGAUACUGAAGUUCUAGUUGUAAAACACCAUAGUAAUAUGGAAGAUGAAAUUUUACUUGGCUCUCCUUGGUUUAUGGGACUAUCUUUGGAUGAUGACGUUUAUCUACAAAUUUAUACUGCUAGAAUUGUUAUUGAUAUGCCUGACUGUUGUGUUAGAACAAAUCUUUACAUUAAAAGCCUUAAAGGGUAUAAAAAUAAAUGGGUUUGUAUUCCUGUUGAU